AUGAAUUACUGCUUCUCGCCUGACGGCUUGUGCGGCUGUUGCUGCGAGCUCUGCCAUCCAGUACGGUGUGUCAUUGAUCAGCACGAAGUGGAAAUAAUUCCUGCAACCUAUCGUUCUUCCUCCUCAAUGUCUUCAACCGCACACGGCGGCCAUGGGAGCGACACUGGGAGCUUGCCCAGCACGUACCGCAGCGCAUGCGCGCCGUCCUCGCACCGAAGUCAGACCGAUGAUGUGCCCACCUCGCGCAGCACAGCUGUUAGUAGUCAUAGAUACCAGACUGCUUCCCGGGGUGACUACCGAAUCUCGCCGAGCCAUUCUCGCACGCGAAGAGGAGGGCAGCCAACUGCGCAUGGAAGGCGGAAGGUUCGAGGAGGCGGCGGGACCGUGAAACUCAGUCACUUUUAUCCAAAUGCAUAUCCCCAUGCUCACACAGCUUCAUCGACUGGCCAGAAUGAGGCCUCCAGAGAUUUUCUGGGUGGGUACAAACCAUUUCUUCUUUUCGAGGACAGUCCCAAGCAUGCUGCAUGUCGCCCUUCAACAGCCCCUCUGUCUUUCGAGCAGCUUCAGGAACAUACGGAUCGGGCAAAUGACCCGCGUGCCGUCGAUGGAGCGAAACGGCCUAUGCCAUGUGAAGGGAGCGCGAUACAAUCAGAUUGGCGAAUCUGUAGUGAUUGCAACGCUGAGUCGAGUCCUGCUUCGCCCCAGUCUCCUGACAGACAAGAUCGCUUGCAGCCGGUACCCUCUCUUAACAUUGAACUGCUGCUUCACCGCAGAGCGUCAUUGGCUGAUCGAUCGCCAGCUCCCCCGGCGAACGAGUUCGCGUCUUCUACCAACAGAAUUGGCGACGAUGGUGUCGCUAUGAUGAAGGAUCCAGCUGAGUCGCCCGUCCUGGCUGGCGAGAUCCCAUCUUCUGCUGCGCCCUUGGCUCUGUCGUCACAGGCGGGACAAACCCACCUGUCAGCCGCUGUAGCUGCACUGUCUCCAGGGGCCGAGGAAGAAGAACUGCCUUCGGGAAGUUGUCAGGCUGAUCCCACUGCUGAAGGUGUGGACGCAACGUGCUCGGAGACAGGUGAAACGGAUAGAAUCGCUCGUUCUCCGCGUGCUGUCUUGGCUCCGUCUCGUAACCACUCCUCAAGGAUGACGAACUCGGAGCGACGACUCCAGAGUGCUGUCACAAAGGAAGACAGCCUGUUCGACAGAAACGUUGACGCACCCGAAUUGCGGCGCGGGCGAAUUCGGCAGGGCUCCUCAGAAACAUCAUCAGCGGCUCCACGUUCAUCUGUUGUCGCGUCGAGCCCGUUUAUCUCAUCUCGUAUUUUGCCCGUCUCCAGAUCUGCGCGGCAGAUUCCGGUCAUCGACACGGAGGUUUCGCUAACUCGCUUUUCCCCACGAGGAGCCGAAUCUGACGUAGGUUCAACGAAAACCGCAAUUUCUCGUCAACGUGUCGCGAUGGAGUUUUCCCCCGGCGUUGGCGAGCGACUCGUGGGAGAACGAGCGUCAGCGGAGAGGGAAGUUGAUCAUUUGCGCAAGGAGGAGCGAAUGGAUAGGCUCCCCAAGUGCCAGAAUUCCAAUGCCACGGGUGCAGUCGCGUUGUCGGAUGUCGAACAUCUGGAGCGAGUGGAUCGGAACUAUGAGACUUUUCCCCGCGAACUGUCUCGGGUGAGGAGCCCUGACGAUCUCCAUCGCUUCCAUCAUGACCAGGAGGCGCCUCUCGAGGCUGGGUUCUCUGGACAAAGCCUGUCAAGGCAGUUCACUCAAACGGUCUCUCUGUCGUCCCAUUCUCUCCAGAGUAGUCAGAGCCUGAGUAGCAGAGAAAGCAGUAGCGUGUGGAGCUCGUCGGGGGGAAGCUUUGGGCAACUGAGCUCGAGAGGAAGCUUCUCUUCGUCAUCUUCCGUCCUUUCUCGCGGAGCAUUUUCUGUAGUAGCGGAGAGCAAUGACAUUGUAGGGCAACCACAGAAAUGCGUGCGGCGAAGUGGUGCGUUUGCUACUGCACGAAAUCACGCUCUUCCGCGCAUCCCACAAGAAAGGCGGUCCUCCUUAUCCGAGUGCGGCUCCUCGGUCCAAGUGCUCCAACGUUUCGAGCGAGAACAAGCUCCCAGGGUUGCAGUUCUUCGAUAUCAACCCGCGCCUGUCUCUGCAGCGUCGCCGCAGAGGCGAACGGCAGUGCUCUACUCGGCUGCGCCGCCGAUCCCUCGUCCCCAAAAGACACUUUCUCAUGGGCUCCACGGGAGAAAACAAGAGCUUCACGCGACCGGUCUGCGGCUUACGUCAGGGGCACGUUCUGACUCGAACAACUCGUCACCCUCCCCAUUUCUGAGCCUUUGGACUCCGCCACGGGUUUCUGCCUCGGGAGCCGGUGAAAGCGCCGUGACGGCUGUCCCCGUCUCGGCCAACACGAGACGCUCCGAAGGUGGCGAGGUUCACUUCCGAAGGUUCUGCAGCGACGUUGAAGUGCCCAACACCCCCAGCAAUGCGGGACUCGACGGGGCACUCUCCGAGGAUCGAUACCCACAGAGGGGCGCCGUCCCCCUGGCCUUUCUGCCUCCGCGGUUUCAACGGUCACAGCGGGCGGGAAGUGUCGCGUCCGCCUGGAAGCCGGGGGCGGGCGAUGGCAAAGCGCGCAUUUUCUCGCGGGAUGCGAAUGGGUCAGCUCAAAAAUCGACAAAGGAAGAAAGAAAAUCGGGCUCUCCUCCUUCCGGUGGUGCACAACUCAGCGCAGGUGCGCGCCUGGUUUUCUGGGCGAGCAGUCGCUCACACAGCGACGGGCGGGCUUCGUGA